AUGGACGGGCGGCGAAUGAGUUUACCAGUGCAGCAGGAGUUUUACGCAGUCGCUGUGGGUCGUAAAACCGGACUCUUUCAGACCUGGGACGAGCUGUACGCCCAAGUUAAUGGAUACCCAGGCGCGCGAUUUGAAGAAUUCAAGUCGCUCAAAGGCGCACUCGAGUACCUUCGAAAAGAACAGGACAACUCAACUCCUGUUCUCUCGGAUAAGCGAAAACGAUGCGUUUCAACGCGUGAUUUGUCGAUUUCAAGAACACCUGAAACUCCAAGAUUGACCAAACGGCGCAAGGUUCUGAGCAAAGCCGAAGAAAUCAAGCUUUCAAUUCAUAAACUUGAGGCGGAACAGACUAUUGUCCAAAACAAGAUCAAGUUUUUCGAAAACCGAAAGUCGAAAAUCGCUAAAGAACUCACCACUCUCAGGAAGAAUCUCGAAUCCGCAUCUAAAGAGGAGAAAACAGCGAAAAGAUCCCUCUUCCUGACUCCUAGAAAACCGAAAAAAUCUCUCUAA